CCCAGCUUGUCACCGCCAGCUGGCACACCUGUCAGUCGGGUACCUGUAAAAGCUACGUUGUAAUACCAACACCUGUAUUUUUCAUAUGUUGCUCAAAUCAGAAGCCAAAGCAAACGCAAACACAUCUUACCUUUAUAUUCAAAGACGAUUCCACUCGAACAGUAACAUCAAUGAAUUUAACCUUUGCCGUCCGUCUCCGCACCGAGCCAAGACCAGGCUCUCCAUGCACGCAUCACCAUUGCGCUAAAUGAUGCACCUCGACACUUUUGGUUAAACACCCGUCCAGGGAGUUUACAUCGUCACUCUAUUCUCACCUUCAUCGAGAUCUUGGCCUCGAGCUAUUCAUUUGUGCGUACAACCCAGAUCAUUCAAUCACGAACCGUACAUCUCGCAUCCUCCGCCAGGUAGGAACACACACUUACCAGCUAACCAACUCUAUCUAUCUAUCAAUUUAGUCUUCCCAGUAAACAUCCUACAUUUAGCCAGAUGAACUCUCGCACGCAAUCCCACUUCGCCGCCUUGGCGAAUUCUUGUGGUCGACGACCACGUUUGCAGGCCGUUGUCUUGGCCACCGACGCCAGCCUCUCGGCGCCAAUUCGCCUUGCCGGCCAAACAUUCAGCUUUUCAUUGCCCCGAUGCCAGCACAACUCGCGAAUCUUGCUCUCCAUUGCUGUUAUCGAGCGCCUUGUGAGCGAACUGUCCUUAAUCCCAACCAGUCACAGCUCAAAGCUUCGGUGGUGUAAUCAAUCGGCCUGCAUCCACGUGCAUAUCUUCCAAGCCGGCCUUUCCGGUCUAGAGCACUCGUCACAAUUGUCUUGGCGGAAGACUGUACUCCUUGCGGCUCUCGCCACUUACUCAGAAACGGUUUCUUUUCGAGAAAUACCGGACAGAUGCCAUGAAUGCCCAUCAUCAGUGAUUCGUUGACAAAAGGAAAUGAAACUAGUCGAUAUUGCCCAACGGGGCGCAGCCUCUAGCGGAGCCUCUAGCGCGACUCAGUUGCCUGGAGCUGGCUGCUCGUUACUACAAAAGGAAGCUCCAACGGCUUUCGCGCCGAUGAUGCCGACGCCCGGCCAAAGCGGUGCACUGGUGGCGUACACCGUUAAUAAAAAGCUCCCACCUGCUCGGUAUAUGUCUCAUAGGAUGCCCUAUUGGAGCCGUUUUUGUACAAAAUGACGGCCGAUCCUGGUGCAGUUUUUCAAACAGCCAAAGAGAGAGGAUGAGGUCCAUGCGUCGCGCUCGCUAAACCAGGCUAGCCUAACAAACGAGAGAAACAAGCAAACAGGGAAGACUCCCACUAAAACAAGCCCGUUGCACCCUCGCCUCCGAUUUCCGCCCCCAAGCAAACUUGAGAUCUCGGCGUCAACCUCUAUCGCUACACCAAGCAUCCGAAAUAUGAACUCUGUUCCGAUAGUACCGAGACCACAUACAAAGCAAAAGUCUUUCUGUAUGAGAUCCUAUCUUUCUGGCCAAUCGCAGAUGAGCGGUACCAUGCACAAACCAUGGCAAGCUGGCGGUCGAGUCCACUUUUGCUCGCAAGUUCACCCGCAACGAGGGCAGACCAAUGCACCACGGUAGAAGAUAUCCACAGGAAUACCAGCAAUAAACUGCCGUACCCGCCGGUAAUGGCGCGCGAUCAGGACCAAUCGUACAGCCUAGUACCCGCUGUUGCAUCUGCCAAAUCCUCCACUAGUGAGUGACGUAGGGCCCGAAAAUUUUGCCGUGUCUAUCUUGUGAUUCCUCGCUUUAGUGAAUGGGAGGGAGAUCCUUUAAAGACCCAUCUCCGCUCAUGCGCCCGGGGAGGACAAUCCAUUCUUGAUAGUUUGCAUGUUUGUCGAGUAACCUUGAUCCAGUGCUGUAGAGUCUCUUUGAACAACAUGUUGCCUCGUCUGUAUACUCUGCUUGCUUCACUGGUAACUGCUGCAGCUGCGCUGCAAGCUACUAAUUCGACGGCCAUUGCCCCUCGUGUCAUGAUUGUUUCUAUGUUUGAGCCUGAAAGUCAAAUCUGGUUCGACCAAUUCAACACAUCUGGCCUCGGUGAUAUUGCUAACACCAGCGUUCCUGUUGUCGGCAUGUCCAUGCUCUUCCCCCACGUCUACUGCACUGCAUCUCACGAAAUCUGUCAAGUCACUGUCGGUGAGGGCGAGAUCAACGCCGCCGCAUCGACCAUUGCUCUCAUCCUCUCAUCCAAGUUUGACCUCCGCAGCACAUACUGGCUCCUCGGUGGUAUUGGCGGCGUCAAUCCCGAAAGAGCUACCCUCGGCAGUGUUGGCUUUGCCCGCUACGCUGUCCAAGUCGCCUUACAGUACGAAAUAGACGGCCGCGACGUUCCCGAAGACUGGGUCACCGGCUACAUUCCCUACGGCCAGAAGGACCCCCGCGGCUAUCCCACUAUCACCUACGGCACAGAGGUCUUCGAGCUCAACGCCAACCUGCGCGAUCUGGCCGUCAAGCACGCCUCUCAAGCUACCCUCGAAGACCAAUCAGGGCCCCAAGCCUACCGAGCCAAGUACGAAGAUGUCCCAAGCUUCAAGACCGGCGCGCAGCCCCCGGCUAUCGUCAAGUGCGACAUCGCCACCAGUGAUGUCUACUACACUGGCCACCGUCUCGCCCAGGCGUUUGACCAAACAAUCGACAUCUGGACCAACGGCACCGGCGAGUACUGCAUGAGCGCCCAGGAAGACAAUGCCGUUCUGGAAGGUCUUGUGCGAGGUGCUGUCGAGGGUCUAGUCGAUUUCAGCCGCGUUAUCGUCUACCGCGUUGGUUCCAAUUUCGACCGCCCGCCUCCUGGACGAACGGACUAUCAGCACCUCACGGAGCAGGAUCAGAACGGGUUCGAAAUCUCAGUGCGCAACACCUACAACGCGGGGAUCGAGAUUGUGCGAGGCAUCGUCAAGGGCUGGAACUGUACGUUUGCCAAGGGUGUCGCCCCGGAUAACUACAUUGGCGACAUCUUUGGAAGCCUAGGUGGCCGGCCAGACUACGGUCUUGGAAGCAUUACUCAAGGUAAGAAAGCCAAGCCUGCGCAAUUCGCUACACGGCUACACCAAAGACGCAGAGCGGCGAGGAAGUAGUCAACACCUGGAUGAUCUACAAUGUAUAUAGCGACGAUAACCAGACGACAUGUAUAAACAUUUAUUUUCUUUUAGUCAAUCCUUUUUAUUUAACAACGUAUAGGUACAAUGCUUGGCAGGUUUUGUUUAUUGUAACAGACAUGUUAAACCAGGGGCUUUCACAGGGUGACACGCCUCUGAUGAAUUAGUAACAAACAUGACUCCCGUAUCACCCACGAUUUCGUUUAUACAGAGGCUAAUACAGCUCUCAUUGUUCCCAUCUCGCAACGCAAAGCGAAUCCCAACCAUGAGCCAACCAUAAUGCCGCAAAAUGUAAACCCAGUAACACAAUCGACAACCCAACGCCUGAAUCGUUCACCAUAAAGCGACCCUGGCUUGGUCUGUUGUUUGCCGGCCAUGCAAGAUCCAGCGCAGCAACAAUGAUGAGUGGAGCGCCGACUUCCAAACUCGGCAUAAAUGGCCAGCAUGGCUUGCUCAGUGCGUUCAGCUUGACUAAGAAGAGUGCUAGCUUGAACCCGAAACGAAACGUGCGAGUCGGGAUUCCCAUCACAUCUGAAACGCGGACCACUAGGUCACUCACAAAGUCUUCCACUUUGCCCAGGCGGGUUCUAGGCGCAGGUAAAAGCAGUCGAGUUGGCGACAUCGGGCUUGUCGGACUCGGCAUGAGAGGCGAUGGUCCUGCGGAGGUGGCACUGUUCUGCAAACCAUUUAGCACUAGUGACAUGGUCAUUGAGCCGUCAUCGUCUUGGCUCUCGUUUGGUUCAGUAUCGGCGUAGUGGCUGCUGAGAAAGCCUGAAUCUGUGCCUAACUGUUGCCCAUCAACAUGCGUCCAGUCACUACUUCCACUUCGAAGUAUCCGUUUUGACGGUUGGCGGGUUCUUUGGGAUUC